AUCACAUUUGUUUCAAGCUCCAUCGUAGCUGAGAAAAGUCGUGUGUCGUUGCGUAACAAAUUCAGUUUGGAGUUUUCAAUUUCGGCCAGAUAUAGGAGUAAUUGAACUGAAAGACUAUAGAAAUGGAAGAGUACUCGCGCGAGCCGUGUCCCUUUCGCAUCGUCGACGACUGUGGCGGGGCCUUCACCAUGGGCUGCCUCGGAGGCGGACUCUUCCAGGGGCUGAAGGGAUUCCGGAAUGCGCCGCAAGGGUUUGGACGCCGGUUCGCCGGCGGACUGGCCGCCCUGAAGGCCAGAUCGCCGACCAUUGGCGGGAACUUCGCCGCCUGGGGCUGCGUCUUCAGCAUCGUCGACUGCAGCCUGGUGCAUCUGCGCAAGAAGGAGGAUCCGUGGAACUCGAUCAUGAGCGGGGCGAUCGCAGGUGGCAUCCUGUCCUCCCGGAACGGAGUGGGCGCCAUGUUCGGAAGCGCCAUCAUCGGCGGACUUCUGCUUUCCAUGAUCGAGGGCGUGGGUAUUCUCUUCACCCGCACCUCCGCCGAGCAGUUCCGCAAUCCCGAUCCCCAUGCCGACCUGGCAGCAGCCUCAUUCGAAUCCGGAUCUGGAGCGGGAGCGGGAGCGGGCGAAAUGAAUUCUGCACCGGGCUUUGGAUACCCCGUCGCCAAGCAGGCCAACGCAACAAACUAAAUUCUUGCCGGAACUGCCACGAAUAAUUUUAAUUGCAUUCGCCUUUUGCAUUCGCCCGAUUACGUUGCGUGCCUCCAACUGCUCAUAAAAAUCCAAAUUUCAAGCCUAAUAUAUUUCGUAUA